AUAUAAUGAAAAAGGGUUUUGAGGAGAGAGAGAGAGAUUCGCUAUGGAAACUGGAAACCCUAAAAAUUAAUUUCCCUCACUCGUCUUAGCCGCAACCAGCCCUAGUCCACCCUCCGCCACCACGCACGAUCAUCUUCCCAGCCUCACCGUCGGCGACUUGCUUCUGGCACCCACGACAAGGUGCAGCCUUGCUCCCACCGCGCACGAAACCGUAGCGUGCUUGCUUCCACCACACACGACAUCGGCGCCUCCCACCACCCUCCGCCACAUCACCACCUCCAUCUCUUCUCCCUUCCACGCUCAACAGCUCAAGAUUUUCUUCCCACCCUCUGAGCUCUGUCUAUUUCUCCCUUUGCCCGAGACGAAAAUAUUUGAGGUAAUCCAACCUCCUCUUCUUUGUUUGUGAAAAUUUUCGGCUUUGUGAUUAGAAAAUACCACGAAAGACAAAGACAGCAAAAUUAAAAGGAAAAUAACAAACUAAAAGAAGGAAAGAAAAGAAAGAUGCAGCAGCCAGCGUCCAUGAUCCCUGUGAUGCCUUCAUUUCCACCCACUAACAUCACUACUGAGCAGAUUCAGAAGUAUCUUGACGAAAACAAAAAGUUGAUUCUAGCAAUAUUGGACAAUCAACACCUGGGAAAGCUUGCUGAGUGUGCUCAGUAUCAGGCCCAACUUCAAAAGAAUCUGAUGUAUUUAGCUGCAAUUGCUGAUGCUCAACCACAGACGCCAGCAAUGCCUCCCCAGAUGGCUCCGCACCCUGCGAUGCAACAGGGAGGAUAUUUUACGCAACAUCCUCAGGCUGCAGCGAUGAUGCAGCAAUCAGGUAUUUUUCCUCCAAAGAUGCCAAUGCAGUUCAAUAAUCCACACCAGAUGCAGCAGGAUCAGCAACAACAGCAACAACAACAGCAGCAGCCGCAGCAGCAGCAGCAGCAACAACAACAACAACAACACCACCAACAGCAACUGCAUCAGCAGCAGCAAGCAGCAAUCCAUGCGCAAAUGGUAAUGAGACCGGCUGGGACCAACAAUGGUAUGCAUCCAAUGCAUCACGUUGAGGCUACUGUUGGUGCAGGAGGCAGUGUUGGGCCUAAUUCAGCUGCUGGCCCAAACGAAGGGCGUGGCGGUGGCAAACAAGAAGGUUCUGAAGCUGGGGCAGCUGGCGCAGAUGGUCAGGGGACCUCAGCUGCUGGAGAUGGAGAGGACCCCAAGUGACAAGGCCCUGUUAGUCAUUCCAUAUGGAUGCAUGUGGAUGUUGAUAAUAGAUGGUUUUGUACUUUUAUGCUCUUGACAAUCUUGCUUAAAAUUUAGUGGUUACAGAUUAGGUAGGUAAGAGUCUGAGUUAUGAGUCUCUUGGCAUGCAGUGAGUCGUGUGUUGAAAUGGAACUAGCAGUAGGAAAGUGAAGGUUUGGAAUGGAAGCUAGUGGUAUGCUGUAAUUUAUGUAUGUCAAAUAGUAGUAGGUUAAGAAGUCAUCACUCUGUUCCAAAAGUUGCUUGUCUCAGCAAUAAGUUUUGAUAAUUUAUCGUUUAGUUUCUUAGAA